GCAGCACUACAAACAUUAGAAAAAAAUAAUUUCCAAGGAGAAGUGAAACGCGAAAGUCGUGGACAUAUCCUGCGAAUUAAUAAUUUCGUGCUUUUUUUAUUAUUAUAUCUGAUUAAACAAGUAUAUUUUACAUGGAUUUUUGUGCGUGACAAACGUGUUUUAGUAUUUAAAAUGAUUAUUGAAAAUCCAGAUGUGUUUAAAAGUUGGUUGACGUCCAUAUUGGAACCCCUCUGCGACGCGGACCCAGCUGCUCUCGCCAAGUACGUGUACGCUCUCGUCAAAAAAGACAAACCCCUGGAGGAGUUGCGCGAUGGUAUGCUAGACCAGUUGGAUGUUUUUUUGCAACAAGAAACCAAACCGUUCGUGGAUAUGCUGUUCAAAGCGCUCGACAGUCAGGAGUACCUGAAGCCGGUGGAGGGCGUGAAGAGGGAGCCCUCGCCGGCGCCCGAGCAGACCGACCUCGAGGAGACCAGACCCGUUGAGGAGCCGGGGAAUCAUG